AUGUUAGAAUUAGCGGUUGACAUGGUAGAAAAUAGCAGGAUGUCAAGUCGGGAGGCAGAAAAGAGGUUCGGAAUCCCUCGACGGACGAUAUUGAACAAAGUUAAAAAAAAUCAUUUGAAACCAGCUGGAGGGCAAAAGAAACUCACUGACGAAGAGAAAGAAAACCUGGCAAAUGUGUUGUUAGCUUCAGCAGAUUACGGCAGUCCCAUGUCGAAAAUGGAUAUAAAAAUAUUGGUCUAUAAAUACGUAGAAAAAAAUUCAAGGACUGAUUUGUUCGAUGGCAAAUUACCCAGUGAUACUUGGGUGGAAGGAUUUUUAAGCAGACAUCGUUCGAUAUUGACCAUUAGAACAACCCAAAAUAUAAAAAAGUACGGGCCGAGAUAG